CGGGCCUGUGUCAUACCUCACUUGCGUGUAACGUUUCCUAGAGACCUUCUUCUUCCUGUUUACCUGCAACCAUAGCAACGAUUUACACAGGAUUAGGAAACUCAAAACGAGUGUUGGGAUAAUACUCAGUACAGGGCAACUGAUGUUUGACAGCAAAAUGCUACCUGAAGUGUUCAACAAUGGCAUACUGAAUUUUGAUGACAGUGGGCUCAAAUGGAUCCCCAAUGAAAUCUUGCUGAUGCAAAAUGUGAGGGGCCUCUCUUUAGUAAAUAAUGACAUUAAAACAUUGCCUGAAGAACUAGGAAAUCUUACUGACCUGGAAAUGUUAUCAGUGCAGGGUAACAAACUCACCUCAAUUCCAACCAAUAUCCAGUUCCUACACAACCUCAAAGCUUUAGACAUCAGCAAUAACCACAUUGCCAGGCUUCCUGAUGAAAUGUGCCUCCUUAAGGGCAUAAAACAACUAUUUGCUAAUCAGAACAACCUUGAACGACUGCCUGUGUUAUUUGGAGGUCUACUGUCAUUAGAGGUUCUCGGUCUGAGUGCAAAUAGAUUGACCUGUUUGCCGCAGUCUAUGUUAAACCUGGAAAACCUUCAUGUAAUAAAUAUGAACUGCAACAACUUCACAUCACUUCCGCAGGUUAUCUGCCACCUCCCAAAGCUCAUCAAGCUCAGCCUUUCAGGAAAUCAAAUUCAGAGCUUGCCAAAAGAAAUUUCAGAGCUGGCAAGUUUAAGAGAGCUUUCACUGAAUAAUAACAAGCUUACCUUUUUACCUGUGCAGCUUUUUCGCUUGUCUAACUUGGAAGAGCUCCGCUUGUGUGGGAACCGCUUGACAGCGAUUUCAAAUGAAGUGGGAAAAUUACAGGAGCUUCGGGUUCUGCAACUCAAUGAUAAUAACAUUAGGACCAUGCCGGAAAAGAUCUGUGAGUGUACUAAUUUGCAGCAUCUUGCUCUCAGUGGAAACCUGAUAACUCAACUUCCCAGGAACAUAGGCACAUUGGCCAGUCUCCAAGAACUAUUAGUCAGCAAAAAUCAACUACAGUCUUUACCUGAGGGGCUCUCCCAUCUGAAAGACCUCUCUGUGUUAGAGUCUGCAGGGAAUGUACUCAUGCGCAUUCCUAUUGAAAUAAGUACCUGCAUUCUCAUAACCAGGGUGGACUUGAGCAAUAAUCAUCUCUAUGACUUUCCUGAAGUCCUGUGCUUGAUCCCUUCUCUAAAACAUCUGAAUUUGAACAACAAUGUAAUCUCUGAGAUAUGUGCGGAUAUAGCUGGCAUUGAAAACUUGCAGCACCUUGAGCUCAGCGGAAAUAAGUUUUCUUCCUUCCCCGUCCACAUUUGCAAGUUGCGCAGCCUCUCUUACUUAGAUUUGAGCAGAAAUUCAAUAGAUAGUGUUCCGGCUGAUAUUCGUGCCAUGGUGACUAUCCAGGUGCUCUUGUUACAGAGAAACAGGUUUGCUGUUUUCCCAGUUGAGUUGUGCAGCCUUAAGAGCCUGCAGGUGCUUGACCUUUCUGUAAAUCAAAUACAGAAUAUUCCUGUGGAAAUAAACAGUAUCGAGAACCUUACAGAACUCAACCUUUCAAACAAUCAUUUCAGAGCCUUCCCAGUUCAAACGUGUCAGCUCAAAUCUUUACAAAAACUUUACAUUUGCCAAAGCAACAGUUUCAAGAUUACAUCACUUCCAGAAGAACUGUCAGAACUCCCUAACCUCAGGGAACUUGAUGUGUCUGACAACGCCUUAAGUGCUAUGCCACACAGUUUUGGAGACCUCCAGAAUCUGGUCAAGCUGACAGUCAAUAACAAUCGCCUCAGCCAGCUGCCAAGAUCUAUUGUUUCUAUUAAAAGUUUACAACAGUGCAGUGUAAAAGGGAAUCAGCUGCAGUCAUUACCUUGUGAUCUGGGACAGAUGCGGUCGUUAAGAGAGCUAGAACUUGAUGGGAACCCCCUUACCAGGCCACCUGGGGGGGUCUAUGAUGGAAAGCAGCUAUAUCCCAUUGUACAGUACCUGAGAAGUGCUGUCGUAAGGGAUGAAAAAAUAUUACAGAAGAUCUUCAUAUCUGUUGGAAAUAACAUCGCAGAUGAGGAUUUUAAAUACUUCUGUAUGAAACUGAGAGUGCCCGAGAGUGAAAUUGAAUCAAAAAUACGGACCAUGUUGCUGAGGGAGAAGACACUGCAGGUUCUGAGCCAAUGGAGACAAAGACGCCAGGAAGGCAUAGGAGCUGCUGAAGUGGCACACAAUUUACUGAGAAUACUGAUCAUGGCUGAUUUACACUACCUUACAACAAGGGUCAAGGCCAUAAUCAUUUAUGCAAAAGCAAUCAAACUCUGAAUAAUCUGCCUUUAUUGAUUUGGCACUUUUGAUUUGUUCUUUCUGAUCAUAGUUAGUAUGUAACUGAUA